AUCCUCCCCCAUCUUUUUUUUUUUGUCUUUCCUUUCUCAUUCACAUUCAUAGAUCUUACGCAUCUGAUCUCUAACAAAAGUCACUUUUAAAAGUUUAUGACCUCCGAGCUAACAUAUACCGAAGGCUGCUAUUGCCUACAAGGUCAAAAAUGUCCACACUGGAUUGUAUCCAACCGGCAGGCUCACCUAGAACUCACUCCACAGUAUUCAGACCAAAGCCGACAUGAUGAGUCCGAGGGCUCAACUCAAGACCAUCGCUCGUUGAUCAUCGAGUUGCAGCGCGAGUUACGCAUUGCCAUGCUAGAGAUUGAAAAAGUCAAUAAGACAAGUCGAGACCUUGCUAAAAUAAAUCAUGAGUUGGAAGAAGCACGCUUUGUGGCAGUGAGUGACCAGGCAAGGACAGCGAAACGAUUGCUAUUGAUGACUAGCCAGCUGGAGCACACUGAGCAGGCGUUAUUUAAUCUUACACAAGAGAUUGGCGAUGGUCAGAAGGACUCUGAAUUGCUUCGGAUUGAGAGGAUCAAGCGAGAAGCACUUCAGGAACGAGAAGAUGCUAGUCGACUCAAGAUUGAGGGGUUGCAGGAUGAACUCCAUGAAGUUCAACGCUCCGAGCGAACAGCACAACAAAAGCUCCUCAUCAUGCAGACCAAAUAUGAGGCUCUCGGAAAGCGGUAUGACCUUUUACGGCGACAGACACAGGAGUUGGAUCUUGUUCGGGAGAGCCGAGAGGCUCUUGCAUGGCUCAAAGAGACAACAGAGCGCUUGUGCUCACCGCCACAAGGGAGUCUGGGUCAAGCUAUCCAACAAGAAAAGAGUCUUCAAGGAUCAGCAGGAUCAGUUGCCCCAAUCAACAUAUAUCAGACAUCACCUUCAUCAUCGCCACCUUAUCCUACUGCAAUUUCUGAACCCCCGCUCAUUGCACAGAAUCAACUUGUUUCUUUGAUCAAGGAACUUGCCACUACCAACUCGACUCUCAGGAAUGAGCUUGCUGAAUACCGAGAUCUUCUACAGGAUGCCAGAAACGAAGUCAUCACCUUACGUUCACAAGUGGAAGAUUAUGAACAUGGGCAUGCAUAUGAGUGCUGUAAUUGCGGUUACUUUGAAGAUCCUGCAGAAACAGUUUUGACUGCAAAAACAACUAAUGAUGCAAACCCUCAACAUGUAAAAGAGCACGCAGAGGCACAUUCAGGGUCUCCUCCUCCUUAUGUGACCACACAUCCAACGGAACAACAUUUACACCAUCAUUUCCACCUACCAGGAGUACGAGGUAAUAUCUUUGGCGAGCUGGAGCGCCGUUAUCAUCAGGACCAACAGCCGCUCUCUUCAUCCAAGCGCCGGGAUCGCCACUCGUCCAAAAGGGAGAGUGGCGGUCGGCGCUCUAGUCGAGAUCAUCAUAAUGGAGCAUUACACUCAAAGUCCGCGCAUCCUAGGAGUCAUUCUCAUCAUCGUCAUAGUCAUUCUAAUCAACAUGCCAACCCUACUGAUGUGCGGACCACAACGGUAUCUACAUCAACAUCGACAUCGGAAGCAAGGCGUGCUUUAAUACCCUCUGGAACCAAUUCAUCUACACAAACCUCAGCAGAGACAAAGCAACGGGCCCAUGACGGAACAAGCGCCAAGAAAUCGAGAGGCAUAGGCAAAAGAUCACUUUAUACGGACGUGGAUAUGGAUCUAUUAGGAUCAGGAAGCGAGCGUGACGAUGAUGACCAGCGAAACCGGAAUGAAUUUAGAGACCCAGCCGAGUCGCUUUCGGAUAUCGGGGAAUCGGAAAGUGAUCAUGAGCCAGGAUUUGUAGCUACUUUUGCGGAGGCGCUAUCUUUCCUGUCCUUUUUCUCAGGCCCAUUAUCAGGUUCAUCCCCAUAGUUGUACUCCUCACAAACCAAGCAAUAGACAGAGAACAUAUACCCGUGUAAAAGAAAUAACAAUGC